AUGGAAGAAACUUCGGCUCCCCUGAUAAUCAGAGGAUCAUCUGGUUCUCUCAGUUCGAGCGAUGAUAAACAAAAUAUAUUAAAAGAUUUGAGGGAUGGGGUAGUGUUGAGUUUCCGGAUCAAUAAUAGAAUCCUUUUACAUAAUUACAUACUUGUGCCCAUUGGCUGUGUUCUUGUGCUCUGCAUUUUGUAUGGGGUCAAUAUAGUGAUCGAGAAGAUAAAGAUCGAGUUCCCGGCGUCCGUCGCCUUGAUGUUGAUCUUGUACGUUUUAUUAUUAUUAUCGCAAAAGAUUUUUGGCAAAUUUAUCACUUCACACAUCAUCAAAGUGAUCGAGGUUCCAGCAAACUUUGCUCUCAAAUGGAUCAAUUUGUUUUUCAUUCCCGCAUUUGUGACGUUGCCAUUAGCCGAUAAGAUCACGGUCACGGAAGCGUUCAUCAUUGCUGCGGUGUUCGUGAUCGGGUAUCUCGCAAUGUUUGUCUCGAUGGCAUAUCUUGUGAAAUCAUUACAGUUUUUAUUGAAUCAAACCAGAAGAUCUUCAAUAGAAGAUGCAGAAAGUAUUAAUGACGAGGUAUCUGAUGGAUUUACCAAUGAAGAUAUUGAAUUAACUGACAGAUUACGAGGCUCAAGUUUAGAAAUCGUGAAUCAGUCGGUUGAUAAUGAUAUAAACAGUAAUAUAGAAGAAGGUAAAGAUCUCAGGCAUGCAAAGAAGAAUAUUUUCAGUGACUCAAAUGCCACCGACAAUCGCCGAAGGUCGUCAUCGAUUGAGCUUCCUGAAUCAGCUUUGAACCUUGAAGUGACUGAUAGAAUGGAAGCCAUCGAGCAAGAAGCUAAACAGGAAGAAUUACAGCGAGAAAAAAUCAACCAAUAUAUUGCCAAGUUACCAAAACGCUCGAGAGCCAUUUCUCAAAGAAUUAUGAAAUAUUUUGAUUGGGGAGUGUAUACCACGCUUUUCAUUACGGGGAUCCCGAUUUAUUUUGCCUGUGAUUAUGCAUUGCCACUACAUCUUGGAAUUUCGAUCAUAUUAUUCAAAAUUGCAUUGUUGAGUCCUGCAAAAUGGAAGAAAAUCCUUCACCCUAUUCUUGUUUCGUUCCCAUUUAUGUUAUUGCUAAUUUAUAUCUUUUCAUUAAUCAAGAAGCAAAGCUUUAUUGAUAGUAUCAGGGCAUAUAAGACUGGGAGAACCUAUUUAUAUUUGUUCACCACCUCAGUCACCACAAAUUGGCCGGGAGCCGGGGAUGUUUUAUCGGCGAUGAUGGAUAUCAGUAUUGUUUCUUUGUCAUUGCCGAUGUUCCACUAUCGACAAGAUUUAAAGAAACACUACAUUGUGUUUAUCCCCCCGAUCGUCAUCUGUUCUGCUGCGUCGUUUUUCAUUUAUCCUCCACUUUGCCACGCGAUUUCCAUUGCUCCUUCCAGAUCGCUUGGUUUUGUAGGGAGAUCGGUGACUCUUGCUCUAGGAACCCCGCUUAUCAAGUCUCUUGGAGGGAGUAUCCCGUUGAUGUCGGUGAGUACUAUCUUAUCGGGGAUUUUGGGGGUGUUGUGCGGAGAUUCGAUGCUCAAGUUUUUAGGGAUUAAAGAUGAUGAUUACAUCACCAUCGGGGUGACCUUGGGGUUGAACUGUGGUGCGAUAUCUACGGCACAUUUAUUGAUCAACAACCCCAGGGCUGCUGCCAUUAGUUCGCUUUCGUUCUCGAUCUUUGGGACGAUCAUGGUGAUCAUGGCGGCAAUCACCCCGUUGGCAAGGGUGGUGCAGCACUGGGCUGGACUAUAG